GGGAGGAGUCCCGGCCCCUCUCCCUCCGCCAGCAACCACUACUUCCGGCUCGGCACCGUGACGUCAAGGGCGAGAUGACGCCGCGGGGUCGCGUUCGACGUGACCUCGCACCCGGAAGCGAGGCGCGGCUGCCGGUGUCUACCUCCCCCCCGGUACCGUUCCCGUUCACCGUCAUGUGAAGCGGCGGGACGGGUUCUUCCAGGCGGCGAUGGAGCCCACGGCCUCGCAGGUGUUCUGCGGACGGGUGCUGGGCAUGGUCAACGCCGAGGAUGUCAACGCCAUCAUCCUGGCCCAGAAAAACAUGUUGGAUCGAUUUGAGAAGACUAACGAGAUGCUGCUCAACUUCAACAACCUCUCCAGCGUCCGCAUGCAGCAGAUGAACGAGCGUUUCCUCCACCACACCAAAACGCUGGUGGAAAUGAAGAAGGAUCUGGACAGCAUCUUCCGGAGGAUCCGGACGCUGAAAGGGAAGCUGGCGAAGCAGUACCCGGAGGCUUUCAGCAACAUCCACGAAUCUCCCAUCCUAGAAGACGACGACGACUUCGACCCCGUCCCAAAAAGCACGACGACCACCAUUGCUACCUCUGAGCAGAGCACGGAGUCCUGUGACACCAGCCCUGACAUCAUCUCUCCCACAAUGAGUCAGGAUUUUGAGGAUUUAUCCCAAGGCCAGUACGAUUUACCAGCCGUCAACGGACAGAGUCUCACAGACGAGGACAUGGCCAACGACCUGGACUAGCCGUGUGGGUCCUGCGCCGCUGCUGCCCGCCCCCAGAGAACUUUCUAUCCUGUAUUUAUAUUGGUGUGUUUCUUUUUUUGGGAAGAGGGAAGCGAUGGCUGAGCGAAGAAGGCUGCCUUCUGCCUCUAAACUGCCACUGCAGUGUAAACCCUGCGACUCGCCUCGGGGUAAAUAAGUAAAACGUGGGUUUGAAACGCC